AUGACCGAGACUACCGAAACUGAGGAGACGAUUCCCGUUGACGAGCUGACGCCAGAGGAAGCAAGUCGUAUCAUCCACUCUCAUCGAAAAGUACGAUAUGGAACUGCCUGUUGGCCGUGUCGACAAAGGAAAGUGAAAUGUGACAACAAACAGCCAUGCGAGAACUGUGUCAAGCGAGAGCACCCUCAGCUGUGCUCUUACAAGCCAAAUCGCUCUUCCACUUCCAAGAAUACUACUGCGGCUCAAAAUGGCCAAGCCAAAAAGCGCGCCUGCUCAUUCUCUGAUGGUCGUGAGGAAAGCCGAAAGUCCGAACGUGGAGAGAGCUGGCCUCGAACUAUAGGAAUCUCAACAAGCUUAGAUGAUACCGAAUCGGUUGGAGACCGUUAUCUUGGCCAGAACAGCAUCCCGGCUUUACUCCGAGAGCAGUCGUCACCAAUUGAGAAGAAUGAUUCUGUGGAUAUCCGUCGGGACAUGCGGUCUAUUCUGGGCUUGGAUACCUCCGCGCCAUUCCCUCUCAUGUCGUCUCAGCAUUUGCAUCGAUUAGCUCAGGAUAUCUCUGCCGAGCUUCCAUCAGAUCGAGAAGUUAUGAAGCUAUUCCGUACUUACAAAGAAAUUCCACAGCCAUUUUGGGGCUUCGUUUGCGAUAUUGACGAUUUCGAAUCAAAGCUCAUGGUAUAUCUUGAGGAUCGCUCCCGGAACGCGUCAACCUCAAUGAAGUCGUCACGGCCAGUCGCGGCAUCAUGGCUUGCUAUUCUCUUCGCCGUAUUAGCCGUUGGCUCUCAGUACCAUGAGAGCCCCUAUCACAUUCGAACUCGUGACUCUCAAAAGUACAUACAAAUUUCAUUCCAUUUUUUGCGGUUAGGCAAUUUUCUACUACGACCGUCGUUUGACUCCAUUCAAGCAUUGUUGCUCACAAGCUUCGUUCUUUUAAAUGACAUGAAGGCCGAAGCAUCGUGGGCGUUGACAGGUCUUACAUGUCGUUUAGCACAAUCCUUAGGCCUCCAACGUGCUACUAGCCUGGAGGGCCUGGACAGUGUUCCCCCAGAUGCCAAAGCCAAGGAGACGACCAGACGGAAGCUUUGGUGGACAUGUGUCUGGCAUGAUACGCUGACUUCACUUUCCUUCGACCGAACUCCCAUGACAAACUUUCCAAGCUGCGAUAUCCCCAUCAGCCCGGAAGCAACACCUGGCAAGUUCACCUAUUUAGAGAUGAUGUAUCAUCUCAUCGAAAUCAUAUCUCGACGGCUUAACCCCGACGCAACCGCUACAUCAUCCUACGGACAAAUCGUAGACAACUGCGAAGCGGUCGAAAGCCUUCGUCGGCGAUCCCUACCACACAUGCAAGACAAGGACCAGUGUAAGACGGCGCUACACCGACUACAAUACUACGCAAUACGGCUACACACAUCCUUUGUCAUCUCCGUAUCUUGCCGGCCAGCAUUGAAACGCACUUGCGAAUUUGACCCCAAGCAAAAAAAGGAGCUUGCGGAUAGGUGCAAAGACAACCUGACUGAAACGGUGCGCAUGUUCUUAGCCAUGCACCAACUCUCUGUGAUUCCAACCCGAAGCUGGGCAUUUACAUACCACGGGUUGUCAUCUGCUCUCCUACUCGGCAUCCUCUGCGAGACCAAGACGGACCCAGAAAUUCGUCAACUUCAGGGAGACUUGAUCGCCGCCCUGUCUGCUACAGCUGCAAAGGAAGCCAGUUCCCCUGAGCCUCAUAUCCCCGUGAGCGACAAGGAUAUUGAGCUCUCUGGUCCACUCUGGCGAGCACUUACUGCGUUGAAGAAUAUCUACGAGCACGGGACCGUCAUCCCAAGCGCAUUAAAGCGCGAAGGUGACUCCUCAGGAGGAGGAAGUGGGACGAGAACGCCUAUUCCCCCCUUCAUGUUGGCCAAUACAAGCGGAGGGAAUCUCAACAGCCAACUCCGUGCUGCGCAAGCGGCAGGUGAUCCUCGCGAAGACGCUGCGCUCGCCAUGGCAGAGAUGCAGAACGGAGCGUCACUGCAGGACUUUUCAACAAUCCCCUAUUCGCAAGCAUUACCAGUUGGUAUGAACCUCGACGGUCUCGGCGGCAUACCCGUCGACCAAACACAAUUAAUGGCACCGAUGGACCUAUACGACUCCAUCUGGGGUGCAUCCCCUGAUCCCUGGAAUUCAGGCGUAGACGCCAUGAACUUUGACUUUAUGGCCCAACCACCACCAGGACAACCGCAACAGCAAUUUUAUUUCUAG